CCUGCUUCCGGUCUGAUGAAUUUAAACCUUCUCUCAGAAUUGUAUGGCAGAACUAAAGAAGACGACAACCAAGGGUCAUCUGAAAUUGUGAUUGGCUCUCUAGUAAUUCCAGGACAAAGUCAGAGAUCACGACUCAAGCAUAAGUUUUCCUAAGACCACUACAAAGAUGUUUGAUAUAAAGGCUUGGGCUGAGUAUGUUGUGGAAUGGGCUGCAAAGGACCCAUAUGGCUUCCUUACAACAGUGAUUUUGGCCCUUACUCCAUUGUUCCUAGCAAGUGCUGUACUAUCCUGGAAAUUGGCCAAGAUGAUUGAGGCCAGGGAAAAGGAGCAGAAGAAGAAACAAAAACGUCAAGAAAAUAUUGCAAAAGCCAAACGACUAAAAAAGGAUUGAAGAAAAGAACAGGCUCUGAAACCAGAGGAAAAUUAUUUGGAAAAUUAUGCAGCUUUGGAGAAGGACUCAACUAAGGUUUCUUCUUUGGGUUUUGUGACCGUAUUAUAUAGUAAACAAAGUCUGACUAUAUGGAAGAAUCAUGUUAGUUAUGACCUCAGUACUGUAGUAACUUUUACGCUUGGAUAUAGAAAUAUGUUGGUAUCUGUGACAGUUAUUGGGUAAAUUGGCAUUUAUUCUACAAAAUCUUUAUAACUGAUCAUUUAUUAGGCUAUCUACUGAAAUAAAAAUAUCCUAUGGUGAACAAAAUGACUUUAGAUUAUGAACUUUAUUCAAAUAGCAGCUUAAAUUCAGGUCCUGUUCUGGACAAAGAAAGUAAAAGUCAGAAUUGUCCUCUUUAAGAUGAAAAGUAUGUUUGGGCUUAAAAAAGUAUUAAUCACAUCCUUUGUCAUUAUUGCUUAUUUCAUGCAAUAUAAUCAUUUCUGGUUUCCUCAAAGCAAAUAUUAAUCAUUUAAUUCUUUAUUUUCUGUAUGGUUUGUGUGAUUUUUAGCCUUUACACUGGUAAUAUAAAUAUCAGACAUUCUGCAUUUUUUAAACCUAAUUUUAUAAAGAGUUCUCUUGACUUGUAGAAUACUGCCUGCUGUAUAUAACAUUUUUUUUUAUUUACGAGCACGGCCAUUUUCUUAGACAUGACUUGUGUAGAAUAAAAUUAUAAUUUAAAGCUUGCAGUACAAAUGCCAAACAUUAUAGUACCUUGAAACCUCUUUAUUUUUGCUUGCGCUAAGUAGAAAUGUGAAAUAGUUAAUAUUCUUAUCAGGUAAUUUGCUUACUAUAUACCACUUUUGUUUUUUACUCCAUUUUUUUGUUUAACUCAUGUGGUAGUGAUGUCCUAUACUUUUUGAUCAAACAAAAGAGUUCUUUUAAGGAACUCUUAAGAUGAAUAGUUGAGUCGUACUUCAUAAGUGUUAAGAAAAGCUUGGAAAAAUUUUGUUGGGCAUAGUAAUUGGGGUGAAAAUAGAUAAAUUACUUCAAAAUGAGAAUGUUACAUUUGGAAGUAAAGAGCUAAAGACUAUUUCUCAUUAAGUAGUAAAACUGGAAUUUUUGCUAUUAAACAUGGCUUUUGUAAAUAUGUGCUCUAAAAUUUUUUUUCUUGGUCAGUCUUUCAUAGCUUAUUAAUGUUUUCCUUACUUUUUAUAUGAAUUUUAAGUUACAGAAAAUUGUCCAACAGCUAAUUUAAAAAUGA